CAGAGUUACUGUGGAUUUUUAAAGAAACUCCGUUAAGGAUUUAGGCAUUUCUGAUUCAGUUAAAGGAUUUGCCAAUUCAUCAAUCUCUGAAACUAAAAGCAGUUUCAACAGGGAAAAAAAGAACAUGGGCUUUUUAAGUCCAAUAUAUGUCCUUUUCUUCUUCUUUGGAGUUAGAGUAUAUUGCCAAUAUGAAGUUUACCAAUGGGGUGAAGAUUAUGACCAAGAGCCAAAUGAGGAUUAUGAGCCAGAAUUCCAAUUUCAUCAAAAUAUUGAAUAUGGAGUUCCCUUUUAUCCAAAUGUUUUAGGCUGUGCUAAGGAAUGCUUCUGUCCAACUAACUUUCCCACAUCAAUGUACUGUGAUAACCGUAAACUCAAGACUAUCCCAAAUAUUCCAAUGCACAUUCAGCAACUCUACCUUCAGUUCAAUGACAUUGAGGCUGUGACUGCAAAUGCAUUUAUUAAUGCAACUCAUCUUAAAGAAAUUAACCUCAGCCACAACAAAAUUAAAUCUCAAAAGAUUGAUUAUGGUGUGUUUGCUAAACUUUCAGAACUACAACAACUUCAUCUAGAGCACAACAACUUAGAAGAAUUUCCAUUUCCUCUUCCAAAGUCUCUGGAAAGACUCCUUCUUGGUUAUAAUGAAAUCUCUACACUUCAAACAAAUGCCAUAGAUGGGCUGGUAAACUUGACUAUGCUUGAUCUCUGCUACAAUCACCUUUCUGAUUUGAUGUUAAAGGAAAACAACCUUUUCAAAAUGGAAAAGUUAAUGCAGCUCAACCUAUGUAAUAACAGAUUAGAAUCAAUGCCCCCUGCAUUGCCUUCUUCACUUAUGUAUCUAUCUUUAGAAAAUAAUUCAAUUUCAUCUAUACCAGAGAAUUAUUUUGACAAACUUCCAAAACUUCACGCUCUAAGAAUAUCACACAACAAGCUGAAAGACAUCCCAUAUAAUAUCUUUAAUCUUUCCAAUCUUAUAGAACUCAACGUUGGACACAAUAAAUUGAAGCAAGCAUUCUACAUUCCAAGAAAUCUGGAACAUCUAUACCUACAAAAUAAUGAAAUAGAAAAUAUCAAUGUGACAAUGAUGUGUCCUUCUAUUGAUCCACUACACCAUCGCCAUUUAACAUACCUUCGGGUGGACCAAAAUAAGCUGAAAGAACCAAUAAGUUCAUAUAUCUUCUUCUGCUUCCCUCAUAUCCACAGUAUUUACUAUGGUGAACAAAGGAGCACUAAUGGUGAAACAAUAGAACUGAAGACCCAAGUUUUCAGGAGCUAUCAAGAUGAGGAAGAGGAAGAACAUGAUGGUCAGGACAACAUUCUUGAGGGUCAAGAAAUAAUAGAAGAGCAUUUCAAUACUCAUUACUAUGAAAUGCAAGAAUGGCAAGAAACUAUAUAGGUAUAUAUUUAUGACUUCAUAAAGCCUUACUAAUUACAAGUCUAAACAUAUACUGCUCUAAAUAACAUAUAUAGAAGCAUGUGUUAGUGUAAAGAUCAGAAUUGCAUUUACCAUGUUGGUGACAAUGGCUUCAUUUCAUAGGCUUAGAGCUUACUAAAAAUUAUUCAAACCUUAAGAAAUAGAAUAGAAUGGUCAUGGAAAUA